GAUCUAGUUCAUUCCCGCGGAUUUGAACUUCACAACCACUCGUUUUCCUUUUCUGUCAUCGUCUCAAAUUUUCGUUGCCUUCUUUCCACUUCCAGACAACAACAAUGGCAUCACUACAUCUCACUCACACUUUUCUCCUCCAAAACCGCAGCCUCAUUUCACACUCCAACCGCCACUUACCUCUUCAUUUUCUCGCACCUUCCUUUCUCAAGAACUCUACCAGAUUCAAUCCAUCAUAUCAAUCCAAUACAUUGUCGAAGCAGCACCGUCAGUUAGGAUUUAUACCAUCUCGUGUAGUUCAAAACCACGACGUCAUAGAGGAAUCUGAAGAUACGGAACAAAUCAGCGAGGGUUUUGAUGUGGACAGAGAUGAAGAAGAAGUGAAUGAACUGGUUGAGCAGAGUAUAUGGAUUCAGAUGAAGGAAAUUGUUUUGUUUACUGGACCGGCUAUUGGACUUUGGUUGUGUGGACCGUUGAUGAGUCUCAUUGAUACAGCAGUUGUUGGUCAAGGAAGUUCUAUUGAACUAGCUGCUUUAGGUCCUGCUACUGUUUUCUGUGAUUACUUGAGCUACUCGUUCAUGUUUUUGUCGAUUGCUACUUCAAAUAUGGUUGCUACUUCACUUGCUAAACAGGACAGGGAGGAAGUGCAGCAUCACAUAUCUGUCUUGCUUUUUAUUGGUUUAUCAUGUGGCCUGGCAAUGCUUUUGUUCACAAGGUUAUUUGGUGCAACAACGCUCGCAGCUUUUACUGGACCGAAGAAUGUACAUAUAGUACCAGCAGCUAAUACUUAUGUCCAGAUUCGAGGGUUGGCAUGGCCUUGUUUACUUGUUGGAUCGAUUGCUCAGAGUGCAAGUCUUGGUAUGAAAGAUUCUUGGGGACCCAUGAAGGCUUUGGCUGCUGCCAGUAUUAUAAAUGGAAUUGGUGAUAUAAUUCUAUGCAGAUAUUUAGGCUAUGGGAUUGCUGGGGCUGCAUGGGCUACAUUAGCAUCACAAGUUGUUGCUGCAUAUAUGAUGAGCCAAACUCUAAAUGAGAAGGGAUACAAUGCAUAUGCCUUCUCCAUUCCUUCAGGGAAGGAGUUUCUGUCAAUACUUAGUCUUGCCGCUCCUGUAUUUGUGACAUUGAUGUUGAAGGUGGCUUUCUACUCUCUACUUAUAUAUUUUGCUACAUCAAUGAGUACACAUAAAAUGGCUGCUCAUCAAGUCAUGCUUCAGAUCUACAUGUUAUGCACAAUAUUUGGUGAACCUCUCUCCCAAACUGCUCAAUCAUUUAUGCCUGAGUUGAUGUAUGGAGUAAAUCGGAGUUUGGCAAAGGCUCGGUCGCUUCUAGGGUCUCUUCUAACUAUUGGAGUUGUAUCUGGGUUGCUUUUGGGGAUUGUUGGAACAUUUGUUCCUUGGUUAUUCCCCUACAUUUUUACCCCCGAUCAGAUGGUCAUCAAGGAGAUGCAUAAGAUUCUGAUUCCAUACUUUUUAGCGCUGGUGGUGACACCUGCAAUUGUCAGCCUGGAGGGAACAUUGAUGGCUGGAAGGGAUCUAAAAUUUUUAAGUUUGUCAAUGAGUGGAUGCUUUUGUGUGAAUGGCCUAGUAUUACUGAUCCUAUGUAGUAGAUAUGGUUUGCUAGGCUGCUGGUUUGCCCUUGCUGGAUUUCAAUGGGCUCGAUUUUCAAUGGCCCUUCUGCGACUUCUAUCUCCCAAAGGCAUUUUAUACUCGGAAGAUACAAGCCAGUAUGAGCUGCAGAAGUUGAAGACUGCAUAGUAUUGGAGCUCCGUUUAGUUCAUGAUACAUUAUACUAAUAGAAGCAUGUUGAAUGUUGCUUGCAAAUCUUGAUAAAUACGUAACAAGAUAGGCAUUCAUUUCAAUAUCGAUUCAAUUCAGUGCAGAGAAACUGCUGGUGCUGAGUUGUAUCGGAAACCAAGUGGGGAAAUGGGGGAUGUGAUGUGGGGAAACUAAAUCCACCGCCACUGCCACCGCUCUGAACGUAUCUUUGUGAUCAAGUGAGGGGCUACUGGGGUAAAGGUAAUCAGCAAACCUUCUAUUUUUAAGGCGGAUUUUAACACGGAUCGAUAUUAAAUGUCUAUGAUAGUGUUUUCUUUUUUCAAA